GGGCCCAGAUCCUCCUCCUCUUCCUCACCCCCCCUUGUCCCUACCCCCCCUCCCCGCUUCCCUGUCCCCUCUUCCCUCCCCCCCCUCACCCCGGCCCUCUCCCCGUCCCCCUCCUCCCCUCCUCCGCCUCGCCCCACCGGCUUCCCACCACGGCCUCUCUCGGCGAGGAAACUCUGGCCUCCGCUUCCUCCUCCUCCGACUCGGACACCGGCGGAGCCUCCCCGCCCCCGCGGAAGAAACCCCGAGCCUCGGCGGCGGAGGGAGCAGGAGAGCCCGGGGCUUCGACAGGCAGAGCAGGCCUCUCCCCCCCGUCCUCGUCGUCGUCGUCGUCGUCCUCUUCUUCCUCCACCUCCUCCUCCUCCUCCUCUUCUUCCUCCUCCUCCUCCUCCUCCGUGGUGGUAGUGGUGGGACUCCCCGCGGCUGCUGCCCCUCCUGCCGCCGCUGCCGCCCCCCACCGCAGUAGCGGCCACAGCCUGGUCAGCGGCAGCAUCAUGCAGGCCAACGGGGCAGGAGGAGGAGGAGGAGGAGGCGGCGGUGGCGGCGGCGGCGGCGGCGGCGGCGGAGGAGGAGGAGGUGGCGGCGGCGGCGGCGGCGGCGGUGGUGGUGGUGGUGGUGGGGGCCAGGGACAGACCCAGGAACUCGCCUGCCUCUCGGCUCAGAACGGAGAGUCGUCCCCCUCGUCGACUUCGUCCGGGGGGGAUCUGGCCCAUGCCAAUGGGCUUCUGCCCUCUGCCCCCUCCGCCGCCAGCAACAAUAGCAACAGCCUGAAUGUCAAUAACGGGGUUCCCGGAGGGGCGGCCUCCGCCUCGUCCGCUGUCGCCACUGUCGCCUCGGCCACCACGGCCGCGUCUUCCUCGGCUGUGGCAGCCUCGGAGCUGGGCAGUAGCCUGAAGAAGAAGAAGAGACUCUCCCAGUCAGAUGAGGAUGUGAUUAGGUUAAUAGGACAGCACUUGCAUGGCUUAGGGCUCAACCAGACAGUUGAUCUCCUCAUGCAAGAGUCAGGAUGUCGUUUAGAACAUCCUUCUGCUACCAAAUUCCGAAAUCAUGUCAUGGAAGGAGACUGGGAUAAGGCGGAAAACGACCUGAAUGAACUUAAGUCUUUAGUGCAUUCUCCUCAUGCUAUUGUGGUAAGAGGCGCACUUGAAAUCUCUCAAACGUUGUUGGGAAUAAUUGUGAGGAUGAAGUUUUUGCUGCUGCAGCAGAAGUACCUGGAAUACCUGGAGGAUGGCAAGGUCCUGGAGGCACUUCAAGUUCUACGCUGCGAAUUGACGCCCUUGAAAUAUAAUACAGAGCGAAUUCAUGUCCUCAGUGGGUAUCUGAUGUGUAGCCAUGCAGAAGACUUACGUGCAAAAGCAGAAUGGGAAGGCAAAGGAACAGCUUCUCGAUCUAAACUUUUGGACAAACUCCAGACCUAUUUGCCACCAUCAGUGAUGCUUCCCCCAAGGCGUUUACAGACUCUGCUACGUCAAGCUGUGGAGCUACAGAGGGAUCGGUGCCUAUAUCACAAUACCAAACUUGAUAAUAAUCUAGAUUCUGUGUCGCUGCUUAUAGAUCAUGUUUGUAGUAGGAAACAAUUCCCAUGUUAUACACAACAAAUACUUACAGAACACUGUAAUGAAGUGUGGUUCUGUAAGUUUUCUAACGAUGGCACUAAACUAGCAACAGGAUCAAAGGAUACAACUGUUAUUAUAUGGCAAGUUGAUCCAGAUACACACCAGCUAAAAUUGCUUAAAACAUUAGAAGGGCAUGCUUAUGGUGUUUCUUAUAUUGCGUGGAGUCCAGAUGACAACUAUCUUGUUGCUUGUGGCCCAGAUGACUGCUCUGAGCUUUGGCUCUGGAAUGUACAGACAGGGGAGCUGAGGACAAAGAUGAGCCAGUCUCAUGAAGAUAGUUUAACAAGUGUGGCUUGGAAUCCAGAUGGGAAACGCUUUGUAACUGGAGGGCAGCGUGGACAGUUCUACCAGUGUGAUUUAGAUGGUAAUCUCCUUGACUCCUGGGAAGGGGUAAGAGUGCAAUGCCUUUGGUGCUUAAGUGAUGGAAAGACUGUUUUGGCAUCAGAUACACACCAGCGAAUCCGGGGCUACAACUUCGAGGACCUUACAGAUAGGAACAUAGUACAAGAAGAUCACCCUAUUAUGUCUUUUACUAUUUCAAAAAAUGGCCGAUUAGCUUUGUUAAAUGUAGCAACUCAGGGAGUUCAUUUAUGGGACUUACAAGACAGAGUUUUAGUGAGAAAGUAUCAAGGUGUUACACAAGGAUUUUACACAAUUCACUCAUGUUUUGGAGGCCAUAAUGAAGACUUCAUCGCUAGUGGCAGUGAAGAUCACAAAGUAUACAUCUGGCACAAACGUAGUGAGCUGCCAAUUGCAGAGCUAACAGGACACACACGCACAGUUAACUGUGUGAGCUGGAACCCACAGAUUCCAUCCAUGAUGGCCAGUGCCUCAGAUGAUGGCACGGUUAGAAUAUGGGGACCAGCACCUUUUGUAGACAACCAGGAUAUUGAAGGUAAUACCAUUUGCAUUAUUCUUAAGGUUUUUUUUUCCUUCCAUGAAAACUUGAUUGUACAUAUUGGUUACAAUAAUCAUUGGUAUUUUUGAAGUAGAUGUAUGUGGCACAUGUGUUUUGUGUGUGGAGAAAGUUAUCCUUAGAGCACUAUACACUAGUCCUGCAUAGAGAUUCUUUUACACCUAACUUCAUAUUUAGGACCUUUUUAUGGUUCUCAUGGACAAAAUGAGAACUCCCUUCAACUUCAAUUUAAAUACUAAUUCUAUUAAAUUAAGUCUUAUUUUUGCCAUGGAUGCUAACCUAAUUUCACUUAUUUAGCAAAUAUUUACUUAAAUACCCACUAAAUAUAAAUUACUUUACUAAUUACCAAAGAAUACCAAAACCCCCUGCACUUUCCAAGUUUAACACAAUGAGUAAACUAUAUGAUCUCUAACCAGUUUAUAAAAUGGAGAUAUCCUAGACUUUCUACUCAUCUUGAGUAUAUAUUUUUUGCUUAUAUUACCUUUAACAUGUUAGUUGCAUGCUAGUCAUAUGUAACCAAAAUAUGAGGCAGGGUAAUAUCUUAAUGAAUUUGGUUUGGCUUCCAAGGUGCAGUACAAAGGAAGGGCAGAACACUACAAGAAAGAACAUGGUGAGUCAGCAGAAAGUAAAGCAAGCGAGCUUUAGUGAGGGGAAGUACAUUGAGAAGAAGGCAGUAGGAAAGAUAAUGGUCAAGACCAAGGGGGUUCCCAGAUGGAAUAAGGUACCCCAAACUGGUUAAGCCAUUUGGCUUUUAUCUGAGUCCAGCAAGGAUCAGGCAUUAAGGGGAUGAAAAGGGCAUUCUUGCCCUACUGUGUAGCCCAAGGUUUAGUGACUGAUUCGACCUAUUAAGGGGGUAUUUGGGGGAGGGGGGGAGUCUGGAGAACUGGCAGCUAAUUGAUUCUCAAAUUUGCCAGUAGAAAAAGGCUUUUGGUCAUUAUGGUUGGCCUUGCUUCUGCCAGAUGACUCAGAGUAUUUGAGCUUCAAUGGGGAUUCAUUUAACAGGGAAUUUUUAGAGGUGAAGCUUUGGCUUUAGAGCAAAGAUAAAGAGGCAUUAGAAUAAUGAUAAUUUCAAUUUUGUUGUGAAAACACUAGUGAAACUAGUGAAAUGUGUUUAUAACAGGAAAGUUUUACUAAAAAUUAAUGACAAUUUCAUUAUUAUUGCUAAUUAUAAGUAAAUGUGAGUUUUUUAGCUUUUGUGGAAAAAAUAAAUUGAACUUAAUGACAUACGACAAGCAUUUUACAUAUAGUUUAUCUUUGACACUUCUAUAGGAAAGGCUUGGGAUAGGAGAUAGAAGGGAGAAGAAUAGUUCCAGUUCCUUUUGUUGCUUUUAGUCUUUGUCAACUCUCAAUCUUAGUUGACCAUUUCACAUCUUCAGAUUAUCAUGGGACAUUCUGAUUUUCACUUCUAGAAAACCUUACCUCUGAAAGGGCAGGCUCAUUUUACCAUCUAUUAUCCUAUUGCAAAUUCUGAAAUCUCUAGGGUAGGUAGGUGUUUUAUGAAUCUCCAUUGUGAUGAUCAUUUAAUUCUCUUUAGUCCUUUGACAGCUUUUCCUUCAAAGAAAUUUAUAUGGAUGACAGGAGAAUAGAUCUUUUAAGUGAUUUGUUUUACAGACACCACUGUGAGAGUAUAACCACACAGCAAUGGUUAUCUGAUUAUUUUUAUCCACAUGAUCACUAAAGAAAGAUUCAACAAAUUUGCUUCAAAUCAUAUACUUAUAGAACAGAUUUGAGAAGUCAUUAUAGUUUGCCUCCUACCCACAUAGUGAAUUUCAUCUGUAUCACUAACAAAAGUAGUCCUUCAGAAUCUAAUUAAAGAUCUCCAGUGGUGAAUUUAGGAAACAAAUUAACUUUUCAUCUUUCAGGGGAAUAAAAACAAAAAGAUAGUGAAGAAAAAAGUGGCAUUACUCUUCAGUUUCUAAGAACCCAAACUAGGAUGACUGAGGAGGAUCUUGGAAUAUCCUUUGGGGGUGGGGGAAGGAGAAAACUGGAAGAAGCUGCUAACUACAUUUGACUAAGCUGUUUCCUAAGUCAUCUACAGGAUGCUCUCUUGGGAGCUCUCUUGGUGGCGAGUACUCACACUCACACUUUAGCUGGGACUUUAAAGAGGGCAUAAUGGUGACUUAAGAAGCUCAAGGAGAAUUCAGAAAUGUCUAGCACUUUCGGUUUUCAUUUUUAAUUAUGUACAUCAUCAUGAUAGUAAAAUGCAAAAGAAUAUGAGUAGGAAGAACAAAGUUGAACCACAGUAGUUUCCAAUAAAAUUAAGUCCAGAAUGUCCAUGAUGAAAUUGCUAGAAUUUAUCAAGACAUGCUUAUAGGAUUAGCUCUAAUUAAAAUGGUUAAUAUCUCAAAACAAUACUUUUCUAAUAUAACCAUAGCAAUAAGAGAUUUGUGAUCUCACAUGAGUAAUGAAAAAGAUUUUUCAAGUCUUAGUUCUAUGCUUUCUAGCAAUACAGGAAUAUCUAUUUCAUAAACUUGAUUUUUAAAACUUGCAAUUUCUAUUUAGAGAGAAGUAGCAGUUAAAUAUUUCUAGUAUUUUUUCUAUUAGUGAAAUAUAGUGGUAUGUUGAUUUAGAUCUUAUUUCUAUAGUAUGGGGGGGGGGGAUAACUGAGAGAAAAUAUAAAACAGCCUACAUCCAGAACCCAUCUUAGCCUUCCAUUUAAAUGUCUUUCCUGUCUUUCCUCUGUAUUGUGUCUACAUGGCCUGCAAAAGUAAAAUUAGGGGUAGCAGUGAUGUAUGUAACUCUUAAGUUAUUAUGGAAACAAAUUAUUUCUCUUUGGAUUUCAACAAAGGCAGAUGUAUCCAAGCAUUUUUGCCUCAAAAUUAAUAUUGCCAAAAUAUAACUUGUUACUUUUAUUAGUGAUACUAUAAUUUUUAGCAAUGUGGUAUUUUAAAAUUCUCUAACCAACAACUUUUUUUCUUUUUCUCCUCCAUAUACACACAUUUCAUCUUGUCUUCAGAGGAAUGCAGUAGCAUGGAUAGUUGAUGGCGAAUUUGGAGCAGACGACUUCUGUUUAACUUAAAAAUUAGUCGUAUUUUAAAUGGCUUGGGAUUUGGUGCAAACAAACAUGAUUGAUAGCUGGACAGACAUGCUCGUCAUGAAAAAAAAAAAGAACCAUUUCUGAAGCCCGAUCGGGGCCAAACAUUUACCACCUUGCUUCAUAGUAACCAGUUGAGAUGAAGCACGUCGUUAGAACGUUGUUGGACACCGUGUUGAAUUACCCCCCCAUCGGUUGUGAAGAACUGUGCUACAUUCAGGCUACCCAUUGAACUCAGUAUAUAUAUUUUUUUCCUUCCUGCCUUUUUGUCUGGCGGGCUACCAUUCUUGUUGCUCUUCUGUGUAAUGAAGUUUAAAUGCUUGUUUGGAAAACUUUAUUUAACAGUUUAGAAGGCUUGAUAGAAAGAGUGCUUUAGUCUGAAGAGUAUACGUUGGAUAGGAAAGUUAUUUCCUUCUCUUGUUUCUCUAAAUCUCUCCGCCUUAUUUAGCUUGAGAUCUUUGCAGCUUGGUUCAUGGAUUCUAGCCUUGCCCGUUGCGCAGUAUAUACUGAUCCAGAUGAUAAACCAGUGAACUAUGUCAAAAGCACUCUCAAUAUCACAUUUGACAAAAAGUUUUGUACUUUUCACAUAGCUCGUUGCCCCGUAAAGGGUUAACAGCACAAUUUUUUUUAAAUAAAUUAAGAAGUAUUUAUAGGAUUAAAGUGACUUCAUUUGUAUACAUUUGGAACUUAAACCAGCUUAAAAACAGUGUCAUCUAUGACAUAGAUAUGCAGUAUAACUGAUGAUCUUCUGGAGUACCAUACAAGACAUGGUCAGAAACAGUGCUCAGAAGGACUUUACACAGGCAAUUAAGAGUAAAUUUUUUGAGGUCUUUUGUUUUUGUUCUUACAGCCAUCACUCAUCUUAAAGAUACUGAAUAAAAAUUACUUCUAGAUACACAACAUGAUAGAAUAGAACAAAGGUCAAUUCAGGAUUUCUCCAAAAUUUAUCCGAGUUUUUCAUGAAAUUGGAAAUCAAAAGAAAUAGAAACCUAGAGAAAUGCUACAACCUUGGCUACAUUUUUUUAAAUCUCAAAAGUAAGAAGAGGACCGAAUCCAGAUUAUAAUGCACAUAUUGAGCUUAUAAACAUCCAUUUUUUCCCUAUAUUACACAUUUUUCCUUAAUAUUUUGAUUGAUAGAUUUAAAGAAUAUCCCUUUUAAGUUGACAUUAUAAAUAUUGCCAUACUGGACCUCAUUCUAAACUGGUGCUGUGGAUAGAUUUUUUUUUCUGGUUUUUGUUUUUAAAUAUAAGGAAUGGUUUCCUUUGUAAAAAGAAAAAAAAAGCACUUUUAUUUUGAAUAUUUUACACUUCUGAAAAUAAGCCAAGAGCCUGAUGUUCAUGUUGUGCUUUUUACCCCAUCACAGUUGAGUAUGGCACACUUGGUCUCCCUUGAAAUUCCCUUUUUAAGGUAAAGGAACAGGAUAGAUAGGGUAGACCACUGCUUUUGGAUAGGGGGAAAGGUAUCAGGAUGAACCCAAAGUGAAAGAUCAUGAUCAGUAGAAGUCUUGAGAACUGGAGUUUCAGUUCCCUUAGGACCAGUCAUCUACACUAUAUUUAACUACUGUGGAUAGACUUCUGCAGAAUCCACAUUGGGAAGGAAAAGGCAUGGGUGGCUUGGAUAUCACGGAUUCUUCCAUUAUUGGGGGGAAUGGGGGUGACUUGGUUUGUGGGAGGAAUAAUAUGGGAGGUAGGGUGGGGAAGAGAAACACAAAUUGGCCUUAAAAUAACAUAGAUUCUCCCCAAAGCUUGCAGUAAGAGAAAUUAAUAGAUCGUGGUCAACAGAUUAUUUAUCAAAUUGGUAUAUAACCUUAAAGAUUUUCAUAGUGUCUUUACUCUCCAUUUUGCAGAGAUCGCCACUUAGAGAAUCAAAGAAAUCCUGUCUGUUUUGAUACUUCUGAGUUAGAAUAAGAACUAUAUGUUACACCUUAUCUGGUACUUCAUUUUUCUUAACUAAAAUUACUUUUUACUUUAAGCUUGAAUAAAAAUCUAUUGGUAACUGUAUAUAACUAAGUGGCAACUUCUCUUUACCUCAGUACAGUUCAGACCAUUCAUAUUUUAAGUGAUUUGUGUAUACCCUGAAGCCGUUAAUACACCCUAGUCUCUGCAGUAACAUCUCUAGUAAAUUAUGAGCUGUAGAAAUUCCACAGCUGUUUACAAGUUUGGUUACAAGAGUGCUGUGGGUACAUUUGUAACACUGAAAUUCAUGCCCAUUCAAGAGGCAAUCUGGAUGGAACUAAAAAUCCCUAUCUAUUUUGACCAGCCCCUCCUACAUAAUUUGUGAGUUUUCAAAGUGCACUUUUAAAGCACAGUACAGUAAGAAUGCUUCAAAAAUGGAGUAGAUAUGAGGCACAUUUUCCAGGAAUAUAGCUCCAUUGAAGUGGAGCAACACAACUAUGCAAAGGUUUCUAUAGCAGCUAGGUGAGUUCAUUCUCCAAGUUUAUUGUCUUACUGACAGUUUCCUGUACUCUCCAGUACUUUGCUGUGCCAAUUUACUGUUAACAUCUGUUUCUUACAUAUACCAGUUAGCAACUGUGAUAGAAAGGUCAAUUUGUAUGGGGAGGCAAUCUAGGAUUUAUGGUACUUAAAACCCUGCCAGCAGAAUAAUCAGUAAGUCCACAGACAGUAAUUACAAACUUCUGAUAACUGCUGUAGAAUAUAUAAUAAGAUAAAGAAAGCAAGUUAAAUUUCUAGCAAGCCAACCACAAGAUAGUAGUAAAUAUGUGAACUGAAAAGUACCUAUACUUUUUGCACAUAUGAAAAUGGAGAUUUUGACUGACAAAAAGGUUAGUAGGCGCAUCUGCAACAGAUUAAUUUCCAUGUGCUUAAAAAUGUUUCUAGUCUGGUAUUUUUAAGGGCCAGAGCAAGGAUGAUUCUUAUUCCCAUAUAUAUAAUUUGUUGUUAAUAUAAAAUACUCAAAUUUUAGGGUUAUAGAGGUUUGGUGGGAUAGAUUUGGGGAAAGGGGAUAAUGGGAUAUUCAGAACCAGUUUUAUUUCUUAUUUUAAUAGUUUAUGAUAAAAGUCAUGGCAACUACAUUUAUGUUCUCAUUGGCGAGGUAAAUUCUGAAUUACACUGAAUAAGGUAAGUAGUAUAAAGGUGGAGCACAACUUCAUUUGGGGCUAUGGUCAUAAAUUAUUGGCUAGCCAGGGGGAAAUAAAUUCCCUAGUUUUAAAUACACAUGAUAAAGAUUUGAAGAAAGCUGCAAUUAAACCAUUAAGCUCAAAAUUAAAUCAUCCAAUUCAUUUCAUAUUUUUAUUCAUCUAAAAUACACACAAUGUUUAAGUGAUUUGCUAAUAGGAGUGUUUUGCCUCUAGUGGCAUUUCAUGACAUUAAUAGAAAAUUCUUCUUUCCCACCCCCUCCCCAUCUUGAAAUUUUCUUUUUUAGGAUGUUGGUUCCUGCAAACCAGAACUGACCUUACCACCUCUGCCUCACAGUGGGUAAAUGUAUGGUACAUCUUUUGAUACACUGAAGGGAAAAAUAUCCAUGUCAUAUCUUUCACAGCAGAAGAAUGGCUGAUUUUGAAUGGGGAGAAAGAAGACAUUUUUCUUAAUAUCCUUUAUUGCCCCAACUCCAAAAUGUAUAAAAUAUGCAUUUGAUUUAUUUGGGUUUGUUUCUACAAUUUAAACUUGUAGCAGCUCCUUUUUUUGUUUCCCCCUUCAAAAAUUGAGUAUCUUAGUAACAAUGUGAUUUAAUAGGAACUGCUACUUUUUUUUAAAAGAGGCAAAAUUUCAUUGACACUUAGAUACUUUCUAAAAAUAGGAUAGUAAUUGAAAAUUUUCAGUGGUGUUAAGCUAUUACUAUAGUAGCUGCCCUCUAGUCGCUAAAAUAAAACUUUAAAUCCCAUUUCCUACCUUCAUAGUCCAGGUUGUCUGGAUUCAUUGAGACAAAUAGUUGAAGGAGUAUAAAAAGUGUGUGUGUGCGUGCGCAUGUAUGUGUGUAUUGUGUGCACGUGUGUGAGAAUAGAGAGGAAUCUAAGUCAUGGAACCAGCUGUUCUAGGUACUUGUCAUGUUUUAUUAAAAACUUUUCAAGUCUUGUGUGUAUGUGAAGUGCCCUCUCUGACAUUAAGGUUUGGUUAAUACUAGUAUAUUUUUAUAAGCUUGAAAUUAAAUGUGCCCCAUCUUUUACUUAAGCAUUUUCAUUAUUAGGGCAAAUGUGCUAGAAUUGAAUCUUAACAUUUUUAGGCACAGAUGGAAAAGUUAUUGGCUCCUUGAAAAUGUAUGGGGAAAAAAAUGGAUCCACAAAGCAUGUAUGUACUUACAAACCAAGCUGUAGAGAUCAAGAAAAGAACUUUAUUGUUGAUCCCAAGAUUUCUAAAUUGUCAAGAGUUUUAUGAAGUUGUGGUGGAACUAGUUAACACUUAGAGCUUUGGGUAUGUAAUGACUAUUUGCUAUGGACUGAUUAAAUGUUUCAAAGGAUUGAGUUCUUAAAUUUUUUUUGUUUUGUUGUUACUUUCCUCAGAUUAUAUUUAGUAGUUUAAAAUUUCUUUGCUAUUUAAAGCAUAAGAACUUUGGGUCUAUUUAUUUCCACUCGUUUUACUAAUUAUUUACAGGACACCCUAUGUUAACUUUUUUAUUUUAUAAAUGUGUAGUAUAUUAAACAUAUCUUUAAAAGACUUUUUGUUCAAUUGCAACAUUAACUUUUUGAUUUGUUUUACUAGGGUUUUUAAAAAAAAUUACACUUUUUCCAUGUCAGUGCACAGCACUUAACAAAUUGUUUGUAUUCCCUUUCUUUCAAUUCAAUAAACAGAAUGAAUAACUGAA